CUCGAGCAUUUCGUAUCGAGCGUCAUAGCGUACUACUUUAUUUGAGCGACAUGUCUGGCCGUGGUAAGGGAGGCAAGGCGAAAGGAAAGGCGAAGUCUCGUUCCAACCGAGCUGGUCUACAGUUCCCUGUGGGUCGUAUCCACAGACUUCUUCGCAAAGGCAACUACGCCGAGCGAGUUGGUGCUGGUGCGCCAGUUUAUCUGGCUGCUGUGAUGGAAUACUUGGCGGCUGAAGUGUUGGAGUUAGCUGGAAACGCCGCUCGUGACAACAAAAAGACCAGGAUCAUUCCGAGGCAUUUACAACUAGCCAUCAGGAAUGACGAGGAGCUGAAUAAACUGCUCUCUGGUGUCACGAUUGCUCAAGGUGGCGUACUGCCCAACAUCCAAGCAGUCCUCUUGCCGAAGAAGACCGAGAAGAAGGCAUAACUUGAAACAUCGAAAACAUCACAAAUGGCCCUUUUCAGGGCCGCAAAUCUUUCAAAACGUGGGAAUUCCAAUUUGCAAUUAGCUCUAAGAAUCUAACCUCAUUCCUCCACUCCUGUUGGAACAUUUUAAGUUGCCUAAUUAUAACAUGAAGUA